UCUCCAGCAAUGGCUCGCACUAAGCAGACGGCUCGCAAGUCCACCGGCGGCAAGGCCCCGCGCAAGCAGCUGGCCACCAAGGCGGCCCGCAAGAGCGCGCCGGCCACGGGCGGCGUCAAGAAGCCGCACCGCUACCGGCCCGGCACGGUGGCGCUGCGCGAGAUCCGGCGCUACCAGAAGUCGACGGAGCUGCUGAUCCGCAAGCUGCCGUUCCAGCGGCUGGUGCGCGAGAUCGCGCAGGACUUCAAGACGGACCUCCGGUUCCAGAGCUCGGCGGUGAUGGCGCUGCAGGAGGCGUGCGAGGCGUACCUGGUGGGUCUGUUCGAGGACACGAACCUGUGCGCCAUCCACGCCAAGCGCGUGACCAUCAUGCCCAAGGACAUCCAGCUGGCGCGCCGCAUCCGCGGCGAGAGGGCUUGAGCCCCGCGACUUUGUCACCGCUUCCCCCAAAGGCUCUUUUCAGAGCCACUCAAAUGGUUUUCGGCAGAACUGUAAUGCUGGGGUUUCGGUUUUGCAUUUGUUAGUGCAGUUUGGUGUAGGGUAACCGGGAAGUUUUAAACUUAACCACUUCGGCUAUCCGAAAAAUUAGGUACAUGUGCUCAGCCGCGUGAUCAGUAGCCAAUUGUCUCAAGGGCAGCUUAGUAAGCUCU